UAUUGCCCCAUCGCAGCCGCAGCACGCAGCACGCAGCCAUGACAAAAGGAUUCAAGUACAUUAUCGAGCACAUGGAGCAGGACGACGAGGCGACGCGCGCCCUGCCGGAGUGGGUACGCCUUGAAUACGCGCACAUGCUCGUUGCCGUGGGCCCGAACUCCGAAGUGGACUUCACCUCGCUCUCCAGCUCCUCCAUCCCUCCCUUGAAGUCGUACCUCGAGACCAAGCCGUCGAGCUCCAAGGCAGGCCUUCACACCGCCCCUGUGCUCGACAUGCUCGCGGCGCGUAACCCCCCGAUCCCGCAGGCGCGGGUAUGCCUGCUCGACCCGCGCGCGCCGCAGGUAAUCUCCCCCGACGACGCCGACAAGUUCGAGGUGUUCCUGUACGGCGGUAUCCUCGGCGACGACCCGCCCCGCGACCGUACCGGCGAGCUGCGCCGCCUCGGGUUCGAGGGCCGCCACCUUGGCCCCGUGCAGAUGACUACUGAUACCGCGGUCAAGGUCACCAAGAUUGUCGUUGAGGACCAGGUCCCCCUCGACCAGAUCAAGUUUAUCGACUUCCCGACCAUCACAUUCAACAAGCACGAGUCGAUCGAGAUGCCGUUCCGCUACGUGACCGACGCCAAGGGCGAGCCCAUCCUCCCGCCCGGCAUGAAGGACCACCUCAAGGCGGACCUCAACCGCACGAUUGACGACUUUUGA